GUGUGGGAGAACAAAUACAGAAGAAAUUAUCGGUACGUAACGAAAUAUCUCCUGGAUUGCAAAUUACUGUAAAAGUCGCAAAUCAAAGUUUGAUUGAAGAUUGAAUAACCCAAGUCAUGGCAAACAUCGCUGUGCAACGUAUUAAACGAGAGUUGAAAGAAGUUUUAAACAGUGAUGAGGUCGCAAGGUGUUCUAUCCAUGUUGAACUGGUCGGCGAAAGUUUUGCUGAAUUGAAGGGAGAGAUAGCUGGUCCACCUGAUACUCCAUAUGAAGGUGCAAGAUUCCAAUUAGAAAUCAAGAUUCCUGAGACAUAUCCUUUUAACCCUCCCAAAGUUCGGUUUGUCACCAAAAUUUGGCAUCCGAAUGUUUCUUCAGUAACUGGAGCUAUCUGCCUUGACAUUCUAAAACAUCAAUGGGCUGCAGCUAUGACUCUACGAACUGUCCUCUUAUCAUUGCAAGCAUUAUUGGCCUCACCAGAACCAGAUGAUCCUCAAGAUGCAGUAGUUGCUCGACAAUGCAAAGAUAAGCCUCAGAUUUUUCAGCUCACAGCUCAACACUGGGCAAAUGCUUAUGCAGGAGGUCCUUCCGUUAAUCCUGACUAUGAGAACAAAAUUCGGCGACUAAAAGAUCUUGGUGUAACAGAAAUGAACGCACGAGCAUCACUUUCCUCGUGUGACUGGGAUUUAGAACGCGCAACUGAACAGAUCUUUAGUUAGUGAUUUACAUCGUUUUAAGCCCUUUUUUACGUAAGCAAAAUGUUAUUGCCUACAGUUUUGUGAGUGAAUGGCUGAGGUGUUUGAUCAAUUUAUGAAAUUUUUUGCUUUCUAUAAUGGUCUUUAUUGUCAUAUCUUUAGAUUAAAUAUAAGUUGAACUAAAUUCUA